AUGGGCCGUGUCCUCCAGAAGAAAAAGAACCGGUCUUCGGCGCCAAGAAUAAAGACCAAGAGCAGAAGGACGAAGAGCGGGAAAAAGAAGAUCAACGUGCUGGGAAAUGCCGUUAUCGCGAAUAACUGGGACAAAAGACAGACCUUGACCCAGAACUAUCGCCGGCUUGGGCUAGCCACGAGACUGAAUGCACCGACUGGAGGUGUCGAUAAACGCGCUUCGAACCGACCAGCGGACAACGCCAGCGAACCACUUGCUAUUUCAGGAAACAGGGGCGUGGCACACAUUCAACCAGACGAAGCUCGGAUAGAGCGGGAUCCAAAGACCGGCAAGAUUCUUCGUAUCGUGCGUCCCAGCAAAGAUGAAGACGACGGGACGAUAGAAGUCGCCGGCCGCAAGCGUAGAAGGGCAAACCCCCUUAACGAUCCACUUGAGGACUUGUCGGAAAACGAAGGCGUUGCUCUGGAAAACAUUAAUGUUUCAACGGAAGUUGUUGUUGCGCUCGAAAAGCAGGCGGCGGCAGAGGAAGAGAAGCUGAAGAAGCGGAAACCCCGACAUCAGAGCAAGCGGGAGGUCGAGUGGCUAGAACUACUCGCCGAGAAAUACGGUGACAAUGUCCCUGCUAUGGUGCGAGACAGGAAGCUCAAUCCCAUGCAGCAGACAGAGGGGGAACUUCGGAGAAAACUCAAAAAGCUGACGGGGAAUAGGGAAUAA